AUGUCUAUCAGCAUUGUAGAAAACAUGUAUCAUCAAUCAGAUUUCGAAAGUUAUUAUUAUUUCGAAUGUAAUUUAUCAAGCAUAGUACCAGAACCGUGUCCAACAUUUACCCUUGCGAGAAUCUCUCGUAUAUUUCCCGAAGUAGAAUAUCUUGGUAGAGUUGGUCAUUUAAAUGAUGUUGUUCAAGUUCGCGUAAAGAAAGAUGGUGAUAUUGACUUGGCAAUUUUACAAGAGGGUUUGGAAAUGGUUAAUGGAGUACAAAGUGUAGAAUUGCAAGUUCCAGAAAUGAGAAUCAAGAAAGCAUUAUAG